AUGUUUCUCACAAUUGUAUUAUUAAUAAAUACCACGAAAUUUCCAGAUUCAUUAAAAGAUCCUUACAUUUGUGGAUCGCCAACAUGUACACAGUCUGAAAAGUUUAAAUAUUUAACGUCGGUAAGCUACCACUAUGAAUACAAAGUUAAUGUGGAAACGUUCUUUGCUGGAUCUAGUAAUAACCGAUCAACACUUGAUAUCAAAACAGAGGCUGUAAUACAAUUCAUCAGACCUUGUGAGGGUGUUAUUCAAUUAACUGAUGUCACUCUUCUAGACCAGAAUAAAGAUUAUCCAGUUGAAAGAGCUGAAAAAUUUAUUCAUGCCGUCUCACUUAAUGAUCUCAGAUUUGCAUUUCAUGAUGGUGUUAUAUCAGAGAUAUGUCCUGAAGAAAAUGAAGAAGACUGGGUUCUUAACUUCAAACGAGGCAUUUUGUCUCUCUUUCAGAAUAGCAUGAAGAGAUUUGACAUUAAUUUCAAAGGCAUUGAACAAGACACCCAUGGAACCUGCCAUGUGGAGUACUCAGUGCGAGGACAAGAAAACACCAGUUUGAUACUUGUGAAGACGCGUGAUCUUUCACAGUGCACUGACAGAUACAAAUAUAUGUCUAUCUUACAGACUGUCAGAUAUGACUUUCAAAGUAAAUUCCAAACAUGGCCAGUGCUUAAAUCGGAAAGCAAGUGUCGCAUCAACGUGGAUCAUCACAUCUACAAGUCGGUUAACUGUCGAGAACGACAUCUGUUUGAGCCGUUCUCGGGGAAAAACUCCGGUGCUAUGACCACUGUUAUACAGGAUUUGGAACUUAUGCGUGAGGUUAAUAAGACCGAUGAGCUGACUGUCGAUGAUGAUACAAAGGGAUGGGCUGUGAUACAGAGGCGUUUGAACCUCCUCCACCACCAUCACCCACUGUACGUCAAGUCUGACAGCAAUGAAGUCAAGUCGGCUAGAGAUGUAUUGAAACUACUUUGUCAAGUAAAGCAAAAUAGUGAUGAAGAGACCACAGUCGAUGAUAACAUGGAUAGUGGUUCCACCGUUGGUUUGUGGGGACAACUUGUGCGAUCGGCUCGUAAAUUACAUCACACUACACUUGACUUGCUACUCACCAGAGCACAUACUAUGUGCAGUACUGCCCAGAAACAUAUACUAGAUGCUCUCCCAUACAUAGCUAGUACGGGCUCAGUGGAGUUGAUAAAGGACAAAAUCCUGAAAAACGAAGUAAACAAUGACACUAGACAUGAGUGGCUUAUGUCUAUGGCUAUGAUUCCCAGACCGAAAAUCGAAAUGUUAGAAAGUAUGCUCGAACUACUCCGUGGUCAGAGGAAUGAUAAAGUUGUCAGUUUCACCGUCUCUUCUAUGGUGCAUUCAUAUUGUAAACACAGUGGAAGGUCAUUGCGAGAAUGUUGCGAGGAAGAGACUCCAAAGGCAAUUGUGGAAGAAUUCCAGAAUAUCGUCAAACAAAUGUUACAUCAAGGAAUUACUAGUCCCAUGCGAAGUGAUAAGGACACGCUCAUAAUAACGAUCAAAGCUCUAGGAAAUAUAGGCGGUUUCAACAAAGAAUUCGCCGAUUUAUUAAUGGGCAUUAUCAGUGAUCCAUACAUUUCAGUCCCUAUAAGAUUAACAGCCAUUGAUGCUUUUAGGAGAACACCGUGUACAGAGACCAGUGAAUAUUUUAUGGAAACCUAUCGCCAGGAUCUGAUUGAUGUUGAAGUCCGUAUCGCAUCAUACUUACAAGUGAUGCGAUGCCCCAAUCUAAGUACUAUUAGGAAGAUCUUUCACUCGCUACGACAGGAAUCUGUUAAUCAAGUUGCAACAUUUGUAUGGAGUCAUCUGAACAAUCUUGGACAGUCAUCAUUGCCUUCCCGAGUGGAAAUCCAAGGUUUAUUAUCGGGGCAUGAGAUGCCCCAGUUAGAAGAUAUACCCGAUUUUAGAAUGUUUUCGAGGAAUUAUGAGCAGAGUGUAUUCUUCGAUCAGUAUAAUGCUGGUGGUAACUACGAGGCAAAUGUUGUUUUUUCGCCGGAUUCCUACAUUCCACGUUCUCUAGCUCUCAAUUUAACAGUUGAUAUGUUCGGCGAAUCCAUCAAUUUGUUAGAGAUAAAAGCCAGAGGAGAAGGCUUCGAAAGAUAUAUCGAGGGCCUGUUCGGUAAAAAUGGUCCUUUAAAUAAGAAUAAAGUUGUUGAAAAUAUCAGUAAACUUAGAUUCUUCCGUUCGGCAAAUGAGGCGGAUGAACUUCGGGAUAAGAUUGACGAUAUUGGUUACAAAAACAAUGCGCUUAAGCACCGAUUUCCCAUAGCAGAGUUGGGAUUUAAGGUGUUUGGUAAUGAAAUAUCGUACUGGAGCGCGGAAGGAGAUGAGGAAAUUAGGAAAUCUUUGGAAAGACUGGACCCGAAGUUGAGGAUUCUGGAAAUUUUGUCUGGAAAGGAAAUUUCCUACAACAAAGCCUCUUUAUUCCUGGACACAACGUUCUCUGUAGCGACGGGAUGUGGUCUACCACUCAAUAUGAACCUAAUGGGUACUAGUUACGUCGAUACAAAAAUGUCGGGUACGGUGGUCGAUAAAUACACACAGCACGGGAAUUUGGACUUCGAAGGGAAAAUACGGCCCAGCGUGGCAUUAAAUAUAGCUGCGACAAUGAGUGUUCCAGCCGGCUCUUUAGCUCUGAGUGGUAUUCGGUUAUCUUCACGACUGUACACUGCCACGGCAGUCGAGGCUAAACUUUCUGUACGUGGUUUGGGAUUACUGAGAUUAGAUCUAUCUUUACCGAGGGACAAACAGGAGAUAUUUGCUGCCAAAUCUGAAUUAUUAGUUCUUCAUGGCGAUCAAGAAUUACAGCAGCAAGGUCUGAAUAAGAACAGAAUAGAACAGAAUACUUGCAGUUGGACGACCUUCGAUAAAGCUAUUGGUAUUAAAGUCUGCGCUGCUUAUCAGUUCCCAAAUAUGACGAAUCUCCGCGACGCUCCAUAUUUCAUUAUGAGCGGACCAGCGAAAUACAUUGUUUCUUUGGAGAAAGCAGAUCCGUCUGCAAAAACUUACGCAUUACAAUACAAAUGGGAUCGAAAUGAAACUACUGAUGUCUUAGAAUUCUCUUACGAUACACCUAAUAGUAAAGAAAAACGAAUGUUCAACGCAAUCCUUAGUAUAUCAAACACAACCAGUACCGCUGGGGUAACCUUUCAAUCAUCUAAAAGUAUCAUGAAGGCUAAAGCGCUGUAUAGAAACCUAGUCCAUGAUAAAUCGAUAGAGGCCAGUCUUGAUGUAGAUGGACGAAAGCAGUUUGAUACUGUGAUGUCUUUGAAACGACAUGAUAUAAAGUAUGGGUUCGUUUGGAUACCACACGCAUAUUGGGUUGUCAACGAUGAGCGGAUUGCUGAAUUGUCUGGGACUCUGAAAGUGAAAUCAAAGGGCGGCGUCACUCAAUGGGACAUAACAGCCGAUUUCCAAACAAAACAGCUCGCUAGUCGUCUUUUAGGUUAUUACACCGUAAACGGACCGACACAAGGCAUGAAAUUGCAGCUUGAUUACCAAUUUUACAAAAACAUGAAGCAAACAAUAAAAUUGGAGGGCGUAUACAGCGAAAGGUCUAUGAACUUUAGGCACGAUUUGUAUGGGGAUUUGGCCAUGGAGUUCACCGCAUACCCGGCGUAUAAUUUCUAUGCAGUCCUGAAAAAUUUGAGAACUCAAAAUCACGUAGACGUUGCUUUUAACGUCAGCGCGUCGAAAGACCUCAAACUAGACCCGUCCUUCACGUUCUCGUUCAAGCGAGUCGACAAAAUGAGUGGUAUGAAAUUGAGUACGGAGGUCAAUUUGCAUAGGCCGAGACCGAUUUUAAUGAAACUGCACUUUGAAGAGAUAGGACCAAAAUAUUCAGCUCUGGCCGUAUUAAACUUCAACCCUAAAUCAAGGGAGAUAGUUGUAUCUGGAUUCUUACUCACGCCUCCCGGAACACAAUUGUACGCGGACGCAGAACUAAACGUUACAUUGCCGAAUUUGCAUCCUUGCAUGUUGAAGGGAAAGCUAUUCGAAAAGCGCCCUAAUGAGUUCCAGGUAAACGCGAAUGGGAUUUGGUUCACGGGUGUAGAUUUCAACGUAGACGCAGUGUAUCAGGACCAAUCAAAAACCAACAUGGCGUCGCAUCGUCUCAAAUUACUCAUUAACAGCAGCCACUUUAAGGACAUCGCUGUGGAUGCGAGAUUUACGCAGGACAAUCGGCAGAUUACUUUUAUUGCUGAGGGUGAAUACAACUCGGAUACGUACAAAACACUAAUUCGCUACAUACUGCUGUCGGAGCAGAACUUUACUGCGUAUGGUGAGGUUGACAUUAGUGGCAAGGCCUACAGUGUCAACCUUAACGCUGAUUUGAACAAUAACACGGAUGUCAAUAUGGACAUACAUUUCGACCAAUUACGAGACGUUCACAUAUCUUACAUCCGAGUAACGACACCAACGCAGAAACGCCUUAGCGCCUCUUUCAACUGGGACGCGAACCGGGACCCUUCACAGAAGAUAAGCAUUGAUGCCAAACUGGACCAUAAGGGAAAAUGGCACCAUGCGGGACAGGCCACUAUGCAUUAUCCGGGACAAGUCGUCAAUGGGGAAUUUGAAUUUUUACUUAAAGACUGGUACUGCGAAUGGCUCGUCCGGGCUGGAUGGACGGACCCUACAUCUGUAGUGUGGAGAGUGAAGGCGUAUUCUGAAGCUCACGAUCAGACAGUAUAUGCAUUGCUGUCAAGCCUCCAAACUCCAUUACCUGGCUGGAAGGAUACUAGCUUUAAUGUUAUGUGGCGCUACCAGGACAACUUACAAGCCCUAAACGCCAGUAUGAAUUGGCAGGAAGACUAUCUCGCUUUCAGUCUACUAGCAGACUAUUUAUUUACUACUACAAAAUUCUAUGGGGAAAUAAACGCACUUGUCAACUCGACUAUACCGACGUUGCCCAGGGCAGCUGCAAUUGCCAAACAUACAGUUAUUUGGAAGAAGAGUGCAAACACUCUGUUAAGUUUUCAGUAUAACGAAGAUGGCCUGUUAAUGAUAAAUUCCUCAUGGAUAUUUGAUAAGGGACAAAAGGAAAAUAAUAUAACGGGCAAUGUUACCAUCUUGACUCCAUUCACAGGUUAUACAAAGGGUUACUUGGAUACCAAAUUUAUAUUUGGUCACAAGCGAGAUAUCAACGGAAUAACUGUCAUGGAUCUUGAAGGAAAAACUGUGGAAAUUCGGGUUGAUGGACACAUGCAUCGUAUAACGAACUGUAUGCUCGUGGUGAAUGUUACGAGUCCAUUACCCCAAUUCUCACAAACCACUGCUCGACUCGGUUUCAUAGAGGCUGAUAGACAUCUUGUUGCCAUGGUGGUCACUACUAACUCUACUACAGGUAUCGAAGUUUUAUUAAAAUUGGUGUCGCUCCAAGACUUCAACAUUUUGGGUCACGUGGCUUUGCCAAUACAGUAUCUGAACAGAGCUCUCAUUACCGCCAAACGGGCUAAGGACGAGGUGGACUUCAGAGUUGGUUGGGACUCCAUGGACUUUGGUUUCACCGGAAUUUGGCAAUGGCGGUCUCUUUUAGACUUUACAUAUGUGUACAAAUUAUAUACACCCCUUGAUGGAUUUGAGGAAAAUGGUUUAGUACUGAAAAAUGUGUAUGGGAAGGGAUUGGAUACUGAGCUGUCAGUGAGGUUGUCUAAACAUAAGUUCGGCGUGGCUAUCCUCCUAGUGGACAACGGCAAAGGACUUAUAGAAGUGAUCAACGAUCGCAUUCAACGCAAGCCCAGCGACCCGGAUAUGAUCGUAGAAAAUUUCGACACGGCCGCAACUGUCACUUUGGAUACUCUGUAUUUGCCGACUAUCAAGUUCCAUGGCCAUAUCAUGAAGUAUGUGGGUCCUGAUGAAGAAGACAUAAUUGAAGCGAACGCAACGCUUCACUUACCGGACAAAACCCCGAUAGUGCUGACAGAUCUCUUCAUCCUUGAGGAAUAUACGGUCUUCCGUAAUACACUGAAUCUAGUGACGCCAUAUCAAAUGAUGAAACAGGUUAAAUCGGUGUAUACGGUGGACAUUGCCAUUGGGGAGAAAUUCAAUGUUACCUGUGUCGCCUUGUUAUACAACGGAACUUAUUGGCACGAGAUAUCGUACAAAGUCUAUUAUGAAUACGAAAAUGGCGAAGAUGAUGCCUACAAGUCGUAUUUAGCAUCUGUUGGUAUAGCAACACCACUGGCAGUGUUGCCCGCUCUAGAAGCAAGAGUUUCCGCUAGAUUAGAGGAUGCUCUAUGGAAAAUGUCUGCUGAUAUUGCCAUGCCUUCCUUUACUGUCACUGCUCUUGCCCGACUUGAGUUAGAUGACCCUUUCGUUGAAACGUCUGGCAGUCUGAACUUAACGUCCGUAUACCUAGAAGAUUAUUUCAUAAAAAUGGAGUUCAAAAAAGACUUUUCUGAUGUGGAAAACGUUGUUGGUGGAGGCAUUCAAGUCCUUCAGGGUGAACAUAGUAAUUAUAUAUUCGCAGACGUUGUAUGGCGUCCGUCACCAAAAAUGAACGUUCGUUUUAAAGCGCGUGGAGCAUUAUCACCUAUUCUGUCUCCGGCAGAUGUAACAUUACUUUAUAGUGAUGAAAAUAAUCAAAAAUCCCUCACUGUGGACCUUAAUAGUGAAGAGAAUUAUUAUUCCUUGAAAGCUGCCCAAUGGCCUUCGUCUCUGAAUGUGGCUUUGAGCAGUCCGCAUAAAGGAUUUAGGGCUGUGAAAAUAGUUAGUGAAUUUGAUGGAGACAAUAUACGCGGUUCAUUUGUGACGGACACAUCCGAAUAUGGCAUUACUGGCAAGAUACUUAAUAGACAACCACUUGAGUUGACAUUAACUCUGGUACCCAAGGGUCAAGGAACACCAAUUUUAAUUCGAGCCAAAUAUGACACCAGUCCAACGGUAUAUGGCUUAUCAGCGCAUAUAACAGGCCCCAUACAGUCCACGGUACACGCCAAGGCAGAGUUCGAAUCUAAUUUCACAGACAUAUAUUUUAAGGUGGACAUACCACAAGUGAAAGGUCGCGAAGUAUACUUUAAGGCGCGAGUGGACAGUUACCCCGGAUUACGACGAGUUUUGAGUGUACAGGCCGCCACGCCCAUACAAAGACUCAGCUAUGUGAAGGGAGACACUGAUUUCGUUUUCGGACCCAAAUCGGGAUAUUUACUUGGGAAAUAUAAGCUGCCAGAAAUAGAGGGAGAUGGUGAUUUAAAAUGGAGUUUUAUCCUUGACGAUCUUUACAUACGGGCACUCGGUCAUCAACUAGUAAAAGAAAUACAGAGGAGCGUGGACCUAGAUAUUUUCUUUGGCAAUAAUACAGUGGAAGGCCUUCCGAAAACCAAUGCUGGAUUCAGAAUGGAUCUUGAUAAAGUUUGGCAAAUCGGUGCAAAUGCAUCAUUCGGCUUUAUAAUGGACCGUCGUAUUAAUUUGAUCAUAAAUGCGAUACUUCCGAAGCCGAAUGUAGAUGUACACACCCUGUACAUAGACGGAAAUGGCGGUAAACAAAACGAUCCGGGAUAUAAUGUUGACGCAAAAUAUAUGACUGAUGUCACUAAAAUUAUUGCUGGGAUUCAAGGAAAGAUAAUCAAACUCGAAGAAAGCUUCGACGGAAAUUCCACCAUCACUUGGACUUCCAAUUCUGUAUACAAAAACGUUGACAACAUAGUGUCAUAUAAAUGGGACGUCAAUGGAUCUAAAUAUAUAGACUAUGUAUUAAAUACACCGAUUUAUGAAAUGGAACCUACCUUUACUCUGAAGGGUUCAUAUCAAAAAGACAUGUUGCACGAUUAUCAUGUUGUCAAAGGCCGUAUGCAUCAGCCAGGAAGUAGUCAAACUGGUGAAGUUGACAUUAGAUAUGGAGGGUUGAAGCAUUCCGACGGACAUUUUAAUAUGUCCACACCGUUUUCGAGGUUGCCUUGGCUGAAGUCAAUAUUUGAUAUUAACAACCUGGAAGAGAUAUCAGACAACAAAGUUGACUUAUUCUGGCCGAACCACACCACGUCAAUAAAUACAACUCAUACUUACCAAAAACGGCAGGACGGCUUCACACAAACGGGCACUAUUGCCCUUUCAAUUCCAUUGAGUACUCAACACUUAGUUAACACAGAGUAUUUCUACAUACAAGGAGACAAAUGGAGCAAUGGAAAUACCACAAUCGAUUUUGACUCUGAAAGAUUCGUUAAGGGAAGCUUUAAUCAGAUACUUAGUAAGAGCGACAGGAACUUGGACCUUGCUACCACAGAUAUAGAGGUCGAAAACGAACAUACGCCAGUGGGAAUUAAGUAUAUACACGAAUAUGAUGAUUCAGGAAAUACGGACGUAAAACAAGCUACAGUAUUCCAUUUACACAAUGCCACUAAGUUCAACGUUACUGGGAAAUUAGAUGUGCAAACGUACGACAUUGGCAAGAAGAUGCAGUUCACAGCCAUCCAGGGUAAUCGAACCUGGACCUUCGACAAUAAAUAUGAAGCUAAGGAUCGCGAACUGACCCAGGGGAGCAAAUUAACAUGGGCGGAAGAUGUAUGGAUACAAUAUAAUAUCCAUGUUACUAAUAUGAGUGUGGACGAAACAGAAUCGCAAGAGAUAGUAAUGGAUGUUGAAUAUCCAAUGCGUAAUUUCCGUGUGGCUGCAAUAUACCAUCUUCAAGACUCUUUGGUGGAUGGAAAAGCAGAUCUUCUAUGGAAUGUGAGGGCCGAGAACAAAACUGCCCAAAUAAGUGGUAAAUGGGAAAAUCCCCCGAAUCCAGAGGGAAAUUUGCACAACGUGAACUUUGCGUUAUCGCAUCCGUCUUUUAAGAAGGACGUAACUUUAAAAGGCCAGUACCUAAGUUCGCCAGUGGUCAUGUCCAAUAUAUCACUAGAACUACAAUACUCGGAUUAUGACAACGAAUACCUGAAACUCAAUUCGAUACUAACAGACAAUUCAAACGGACCAAUACGUGACUACAAAUUUUCAUUAAAAUGCACUCAUCCAUCCACGAAUUUGGAUCUAGAUAUGAACAGUGAUAUAAACAUACAAAGCAGAUGGUAUCACUUGAGCAAUUUCUACAAGUUCCAAAAGUCAUUAUUCUAUGAAAAACUUCGGAGUAAUAAGCUGUUGGUGGAUUUGAAUAAAAGUUCUGUUAAUUGGGAGCGCGUAAAUGAGACUUACUACUACAAAGUGAACGGUACAUGGUCGUUAGUGUAUCCCCUGUACCAAGUUCGAGGUUUCGUCGAACGACCAGAUGCUAACGAUACGACUAUCGCUCAACUCUCUAUGAUUGAUAAAGCAUUAAUUGCUCACUAUAAUAGUACUGAUGAUAUUUCGUUCCACUUAAUUGGCGAAAUCAUUGACACUAGAUCCGCUCAACUUAACGCUUGGAGGAACUAUGAUGACAUCACAACCGUCGACAUAGCCUCCUACAUACGCCUUAACCAUUCCCGAUUACUGACCAGCUCACUUGUGUGGCGUCCACAAAUAUUCGGGGAAAUCAGAUCACAAGCUGUAUCUUCAUUAAAAAUAAUAUAUGCUCAAAUCAAUGAAACCCUACUUAUUAUAAAGGAAGUUCCUAUGGAGGCACAUUUAGCAUUACGAAACAUCUGGAGCGAUGCAAAACCGAGAGUCAGAGACUUCCUUGACGAUUUGAAUGAUUUACACGUAAUUAAGGACGACUUGGACGAAUUCGAAAGAUUUUUGAACGAAUCCUACAGCAAGAAUGACUUUUACGUCAAGGAUAUAGUUGAAUUCACCUAUUAUGUGCUAGAUGAGAUGGCUAUACGUAAUCAUUUGGAGAAUUUGCCCGGUUUCGUGAAUGAUAUGUGGGGAAUGAUGGGUAACACUAGUCAAUCCAUCAAAGAUAGUCUGACGUACGUGAUUGAGUCUAUAAAAAAGGCGUACGCGAACUUCUUGGAGUCCGUCAACAAAGUGCUGGAAGCCGAUUUGAUGGAACUAGUAUCGGAGAGAUUGGAAGCAAUAAUAUUACAAUACGAUAACUUCGUUAGGGACUUGCAUAUGCGGUUCUUGGAGUAUUGGGAGGAGACUUGGGUUAAUGCGACUGCUCGAUUGUCGAAAUACUGGCAUGAGUUGUUAAAAUCCAUAGAGCCUUUGUUCUUCAAGAUAGUGCAUUACACAGAAGCGUUCGUUGUAGCUAUUUGGAAAGAGGUCAUGGACUUCUUCCACGAGAGGACACAUGAAUUAACGGACACGCCAUAUUUCAAUUAUGUUUCUACAUUUGGACACGAGAUGGACAAAAUCUACAAAGACCUAAUGAACAACGAUAUAAUUACGAAUGUAAAGAAAUACACAAGAAAACUAUGGAAUGUCAUUUGGAGUAAAAUCGAGAAAUAUAUACCAUUCACUGAAGAGUUCAAACAGUUGUACAACGAGUUUAAAACUGCUUGGGAAAACUUCUUAGAAACGCCACAAGUUGUUUACGUUAGAGAAAAGUGUAAAGAAGCAUACGUUAGAUUAAAAUGGUGGUACGAUUACUUCAUGAUCGGCGACGCCUUGGACUCUCUAUGGGAUAUUUUAUAUGAAAAAGUAACGGACUUCGCCAAAACUGCUCUUCAAUAUGAGGAACUACACCGUACACCGAAAACAAACUUCAUAUUCGACCCACAUAAGGGCAAAAUCCUCCUCGAACAAAAACUCCCAAUGUCCUGGCACGCAUUUAACCAAACUCCAGAUUUCACUGAAAUCGCUGAAUAUAAGGCAGUACGAGACUUCCUUGAUGAAUGGGUCACAAGUAAUAAGAGCAUUUGGACGUAUUACUAUGAAAUACGGCCAUAUUUGGAUUUUAAUAAUAUCCUACCACCGUUUGCUGGUAUGGCAAUGAUGACAGGUCAAGGUACAUUGGUAACAUUUGACAAGGAGGUCUUCACAAUAUCUCAGCCGGGAACCUUCUUACUAACCAAAGACUACAGACAGAACAAUUUCACAGUUCUUAUGGAGAGCAACGACCAGGGUCGAUAUGAUUUGGUCGUUUUAACUAGACGAUCGCUUAUUUAUAUCGAUCUAUAUAAGGAGCAAGUUUCACUCGGCCGAUCAAAGCCCCUAAACUUACCGGCGUCUAUAGAAAACUUCAUCGUAGAUAGGCAAGCCGAUACAAUUCAUAUAGAGACCAAGACCGGACUGGAGGUACAUUGUGACCUUCUUUUCAAGACUUGCAAGCUAGAAGUUGAUGGUUGGUACUACGCAAGUCUUGGCGGGUUACUAGGAACGUAUAACAAUGAACAAUACGACGAAUUACAACUACCCAAUAGUACUAUCCGGGCGAAUAUCGAUCUGGUGGCCAAUGCCUGGCUGCUGAGACAGAUGGCCUCCUCGCAGCCCACCUGGGGUCCACUUAAUGAUACACAGUGCGCCAAAUUCUUUAUGAACAAAGUUUCACCUCUGCAUCCAUGUUUCACUGUGAUCGACGCUCUUCCAUUCUACUCAGAAUGCGUACGUGGCGUAGACGCGUGCGCGCUCGCUAACUCAUACUUAGAACUUUGUGGGCAACAACAUGUUCCUACCCAUAUACCGGACCAUUGUGUACAAUGCAUAACGCCUCAAGGAGAUACGGUAGAAGAAGGAUCCUUCUUGGAGUUACAAAGCCCGCCCAAAUCCGCCGACAUAGUAUUUGUCGUCGAAGCUCAAUACUGUAACAAGAACGUGCGCAAACUAAAGAACAUAGAUCUCUUCAUCGACACGUUUGACAGUAAAUUGCAGGAGAAUGGAUUCUCUGAUAACAGAUACGCUGUAGUGGUGUAUGGAGGCAGCGGGGUUUACCGCAAACCACGAGCUCUGUAUCAUCAGAAUAAAUUGUUCACGAAUACGGUGGACAUACCACGACACUUUGACACAUUUACUAUAGAAAAAAGCGACUUAGUCCGUGGAAACCGUACGGUUCGUUCAGACGUGUUCGCGGCUGUACGAUUCGCGAGCGGACUUCCGUUCCGAGCGGCAGCACCGCGCGCUCUUUUCCUUAUGCCCUGUACUAAGUGCGACGCUAGCCGAAGUGAGUUGGACUAUUCGACUAUAUACCACCACCUAAUGGAAAACUCCAUCACUUUACACAUACUAAUGGAUGAGGAUUUCACGCUGUCCAAAAAACGAGUGGCAAAAUAUCUUUUCGGUGUGGACAGUACUCUGGCGUACACAAACAAAGAUUACGAAAGAGUGGUAGGCGACGCUGGAUUGAGGAAGCAAGUGAAGUUGCCUAAAGACAAACUGGGAUUGUGCACCUCACUAGCACUUGAAUCCAAUGGUACAAUUUGGGCGGGCGGCAAGUUGCAAGGGGAGCGUGGGGCGGCGCGUCGCUUUGCCACCGUGGUGGGGGCGAGAGCGGCUCGUGCUUCCAGCGUCUGCGCGGCCCCACGCUGCGAGUGCCGAGCGGCCAGGCUCCACUGCCGACCAUGCACUUCACAUGACCCGUUGGAGCUAUCAUUUUGGAACACUGAAGACAUCGACGAGCUAAUAGAUCUAGCAAUGGACACACCCAGUUUACCGUCAUUUAGGUGA